CGAGCCCAGAGGAAACCAGAGCCUGUGGGCGUGGCUUCUAGUGGUGUGUUCACUGACUCUGUCGUCUGUGGCUUUGAGUUUCCAAGUGUCCUUUCAGUGAAGAGGAGGUUUUACUGUCUUCCUGCAUAGACAUUUCACAGAUUCUAAGGAGGAUGUGGUUGUUUUUGUGUUUUCUCUGCUUAGCAGCAGUUCAAGGGACAUCCGCUAAAAUCACUGUGACAUGUGAAACAUUUGGCGGGUUUUCGCCAAGAUCCUCGUCGCCCCCCUCCAAAGUGUUUGCCCUGAAAGUAACGCAGGUAGAAGACCAAGAUCAUUAUGUGCUGAACAUAAGCUGGGCUAUAAACAUUGAUGCGAGCAUAGAUAAACUAGAAGGUACAGUGAUUGAAAGUUCUUCAGAAGAACUCAAGUGCACUUAUAGCCCUUCCAUCGCCAAAACAGAUCUCACUGGAUUAGAGCAGAUAUGGUUUCAUUAUUUAUUAUAUGUAACUCAUGGGGUGGAAAUCAUUACAGUUCACAAUUUUCCUUUGCCUUCUUUGGGACACGGCCUUUAUCAGAAGACAUCAGUUUUGGUCCCAACAAAAGCUGUCAGAACAACCCCUUCAGAAACUACAGCUUUUCUUGCAUCUGUGCCCUCAACUGAAACGACAGAGCCAGACCCAAAAAGAACUAACAUCUGGAUUAUCUUCCUGGGAAUAACUGUAGCGUUGGUACUCCUGAGUUCCUGCUUUGUAAUCAGUUACAUUUGUAGACCCAACAUUGCCACAAGGUUUGGUUUCAAAAGACUCUUUCCACCUCCCACGGUUCCAGUACCAGUUCUUAUCGUCUACCCAGCCGAAAAUUCAGCCUUUCAGCUCGCCAUAGUUGAGCUGGCAGAGUUCUUGCAGUGCCAUGGCGGCUGCAAAGUGGCAAUUGAUAUGUGGCAACAGGAAAAGAUUGCAGAGCAGGGGCCGAUGCGCUGGCUAGCAGAGCAGGUUACGGCUGCAGACUCUGUGCUCAUCGUCUCGCCACUGGCAAAGAAUACCUCCCCUCAGCUCUCCUUCUCCAAUCCCCAAAACAACCUUCCUGUAAUCUCCAUCCCAGCUGCCACACACGAUCUUUAUCCUCUGAUUCUCAACAUGGUGGCUAGCCAAGCAAAAAAUGCCAGUGAGUUGUCCAAAUUUUGGGUGUUGCAGCUGGAUAAGAAGAAGAGGUCCAAUGAUUUACCUUUGGAACUGAGGACAUGCGAGGCUUUUUGUUUGAUGAACGAUUUGAACAAACUUUGCAAGAAGAUUCAUGGUCAAACAAGCAACAGAAAGAAGCUGUCAUUCUUGCAGCUCAGGAGGGGAGUUGACUACAGUGAAAAGAGUACCAUGAAGUUAAGACAAGCUGUUGAAAGGAAUGGAGGAAAGCAGCAGAGCAGUUCCAAAGAAAAUUGCCUGCUUUCACCUGAGGGCUCUCCUGUUUGACAUUCAGUGGAAUUAACUAAUUGGUUCUUGUUGCUCAAAAUAGGCUAAUUACUUUUUCCAUGUUCAGAAAAACAGAAGGUUUGAAUUAAAACCUUCUGAAUUGAA